GCGCGCAGGGAUCGUGACUCGUGAGCCCGUGUUCUUCCAUCGAUCGAGUCGAGCGCGCACCCAAACCGCCCUAGGUUCUUUCGAUCCGCCGCCGAUCCUGGUCUCGCCGCAGCUGCAGGAGCACAUGGCGCGCAAGGGUACAGCAAUGCCGAUGCCGUCGAUGACCCUGGAGGUCACCGUGGUCUCCGGGGAGGCCGUCCGGGUGCCGUCGGGCCGCCCGCUGUGCCACGGCGCCUACGCCGUGGUCCGCACCGCGACGUCCUCCGCGCCCACCCGCGUCGACGGCGACGCCGACUGCCACGGCUUCCCGUACUGGGCCGAGGCGGUGCGCGUGGCGCUCCCGGCGGGGGCGCCCGCGCUGGACGUGGAGAUCUGCUGCGCGCGCGGCGGGGGCCGGCCGGCCGAGCCCGUGGCCGCGGCGCGCUCCCCGUCGAGGACUUCACCGUCGGGCCCCCAGGCCACCUGCAUUGCCUCAGCUACCGCCUGUUCGACUCCGGGAGCUGCGGGAUCAGGCGCCGCAACGGCAUCGAACAUCACCGUCAGGAGGCUCGACGGCGCGCCGGUAGGGGCCGCGGGGAAGGCCGCGGCGGUGCCGGCGGCAGGGAAGGCCGUGGGCGCCGCGGGGCCGAGCGGGAGUGGCGCUUCGUGCUCAGGCGCCGCCGCGGGUCUCGGGAAGCCCGCGGCUCCCGCCGGUGCGGUGAUGGGGUAUCCCCUCGGGUGCUAGCCUGCUAGGCGACUGGGCCUCUCAACAUCUCUUGCGCUGAGUACAGAUCAAUACUAGUACCUAUUACUGUACCUAGUAGUGAUUUAGAGCAUGUUUGGAUCCUUGUUAAAGUUUAGUCAUUGUAACAUCGAAUGUUCUGAUGCUAUUUAUAAAGACUAAACAUGAGCUAA